AUGGCGACAACUCGUCCAAUCAGCAUCGGGCUCGUUGCGCUGACGUUGCUUUGCUCCGCUGUCAUGAGUGCUCUGGUCCAAGUCACAGACUUCGGCGGAAAUCCAACCGGGCUCCAGAUGUACAUCAAUGUCCCAGCCAAGCUUGCGACAAAGCCAGCUGUUAUCCUAGCGCUUCAUGGAUGCGGAGGCAAUGGUCCCGCAUACGCACAGCAGACCAAAUACAAUACCUUGUCUGAGCAGUACGGCUUCAUCACCAUCUUCCCAAGCACCACCAAGGACUCCAACUGCUGGGACGUCGCAUCAGCCAAGUCGCUCACCCAUGAGGGCGGCGGCGACACCCAAGGCCUUGCCAACAUGCUCUUUGUCACCGGCACCUCGUCCGGCGGCAUGAUGACCAACGUCCUCGCAGCCACGUACCCGGACCUGUUCGCCGCCGGUUCCGUCUACUCGGGGGUCGCCGCCGGCUGUCUGGCCGGGUCCCCCGGCGCGUCGCCCAUCAGCGCGGACCCUACCUGCGCCAACGGCAACGUGAGGAAGACGCAGGCCGAGUGGGUGGCGCAGGUGAAAGCCAUGUACCCGUCCUGGACCGGCUCGUACCCAAAGAUGCAGACCUGGCACGGCACCGCUGACAACCUCGUGUUCUACCCCAACCUGGCCGAGCAGAUCAAGGAGUGGUCUGGCAUACAUGGUGUCACGUUUUUGAAAAACAACACUAACACGCCGCAAGCGUCUUACACGCAGAUGGUUUUUGGUGAUGGUACUAAGCUGGUGGCUUAUAGUGCAAAGGGCGUGGGGCACACCGUGCCUGUGCAUGAGACCGUGGACUUGGCAUGGUUUGGAAUACAGUAA